GUUGUUUAACGUUUACUAACAUAGUUUUCGAUUUUGUCUAUAAUUGUAGUAAAUCUACUUUAAACUAUUAAUUGUUUUAGUGACUUUUUUUGUUUUUUUAUUUUCUCUUAGUAUAGUUAACAUGGCUUUAUCAAUUAGUCGAAAAGAAGUUGAAGAUCUUAAACCAUUGUUAGAGAAGACUGUUUCUAAAUUUCUAGGGUUCAGAGAACCAUUACUAGUUACUACUUUAAUGAAUUGCUUAUCCUCUGGUUAUGAUAAGUAUAAAACCGCAGGUAAAUAUUAAAUAAAUAAACUUCAUUAAAAAUACUUUUACUAUUUUAAAACAAAAUAAAAAAUCCUAUUUUGUUUUAUUUUGUAGAUAAACUUCGGUCAUCAUUGUUAGAUCCCGGUAAAGCUUUGUCACUAACUGAGAAAGCAUUUGAUUUAGCAAAAGGAAUGACUAUGAAGGUUAAUAGUGUGUCUGUUGCCAGUAAACGUAGUAUUAAAACAGAAUUUGAUGAAAAUAGUAUUAAAAAAAUUAAAAAAGAAAAUUUACCCAUUGUCAAAGAAGAGGCCCUUUCCAUGGGACAGGUAUUUCUUUUUUGAUUGUGUAAUUUAAAUUAUUUAACUACAUAGGCAAUUAUUUUUACUAGAUUAAAGAUAUGAUGUUAAAUGCCCAAAAAAUGAUAGAAGAACGGAAAAAAGCAUUGUCUAUACCAUCAACCGGUGUUCAAAAAAAUAACAACAAAGACAAAAAACCCCAAAUAACAACUGAUUUUGAGAAGCAAGCGAAAAUUGCACAACUACAGGUUUAUAAUUAUUUGAACCUUAUAUAAUAGGUAUAUACCGGCUGAUUAACUCAACUGGGAACACUCAUUAUUUCAGAAAGUAUUAAUUUCUUUUUGUUUUUGAACAUUUAAGAAACAAACAAGUAUACAAUUUUACUACAUUUAUAUUAUUUUUUGACACUCUUAGUUUUGGGCAUAAGACCUACUUUUGAUUUUCAAAUAGUAACUUAAAUUAAAUAUAACAUAAAUAGAUAGAGUAUUAGUUAAAAUAAAUUUGAUUUCAAAUUUUUUUGUUUUCAGUCUACCCAUUGACGAGAUAUUUUACAUUUAAGUUUAGGUAGGGGGAGAGUAAUGGUGCAUUAUUAAAACGCCGUUACGAGUGAUAAAUGAUUUACCAUUACUCUCCCCCUACCGCAAUUAUAAAUAGUAUAUCUCGUCAAUGGGUUGACUGAAAUAAAAAAUUUUAACAAUAAAAUUUAUUUUAACUAAUACUCUAUCUAUUUAUGAUUUCAAAAAUGAAUAGUAGUUUAUGCCCAAAUACAAUGGUAACAAAAAAUAACAAAUGUAAAAUUCUAGAUGUGCUUGUUUCUUAAAUUUUCAAAAAUUAAAAAAAACUCCAAAAAUGUUAAUUCUUUCUGAGAAAUUAGUGUUUUCAGUUGAGUAAUGAAUCAAUAGGUAUAUAUUAAUGUACAUACAAAGUUAUUCUAUUAAUAUUACAAAUUAUUAUAAAUAUUAUAUUAUCAUUUUAAAAUAUACAGGCUCAAAUACAAAAAAAAUUAGCUACAGGUAUUAUAAAGACAGUUCCUAGUGUACCUAAGACAUUAAAUUCUUCUGCAGAAAAACCAACUCCUUUAAUUCUUGAUAGUGAAGGGCGAACAAUAGAUAUUACUGGUAAAGAAGUCCAGUUAACGCAAGUUAUACCUACAUUAAAAGCUAAUAUUAGAGCUAAAAAACGAGAAGAAUUCAAACAAACGUUUAGUGAGAAAUCUAAUGAUGACCCCUCUGAAGUUAAAUUUUUUGAUCCACGAUUAACAGUAAAAGCAAAUGUUCGUACAAAACGAUCCUUAAAAUUUCAUGAGCCAGGUAAAUUUCAACAAAUUGCUGAUCGUCUACGAAUGAAGGUAUUUAUAUUGAUGAAUUUAUUUUAUUUGUAUAGAAUUAAAAUUAACAAAUACGUAUACAUUAUUUAAUUUUAUUAAACAUUUGAUCUAUCAGGUUUUUAUUAUUAUUUGUUGUGUGCAUAUGUCAAUUAUAUAUUUCAUAUGGAAAUUUAAUAUUAUAUUUUAGGCUCAAUUAGAAAAGUUACAAAAUGAAAUUUCACAAAUAGCUCGUAAAACUGGUAUUUCAUCUGUUACAAAAAUGGCAUUGUUAGUGCCUAAGGAAGAACAAUUAACUGAACACUGUCCUGAUGUUGAAUGGUGGGAUAGUGUUAUUUUAGAUGGGGCUUCGUAAGUUUGUAAUUAUAUUAUUAUCAAAAAAAAAAAAAAAGGUUUUGUGUGUUUAUUUUUGUAUAUAUUUGUGUAUAUUUUCAAAUUAUAGUUAUUUAAAUGAGAACGGCGAAGUUCAAUUUAAAAGAAGUAAUAUAUCACAUUUGGUUGAACAUCCACUGCAAAUGAGACCACCGAGUAAGUAUAUAAAAUAAAAUUUGAGCUUUUAAUUUCAAUUAAUUUAAGGGUUUAAAUUGUUAUAAAUUAUUUAUGUAUUAUCUUACAAAAACAUUAUUUUGAUAAUAAAUAUUUAUUUGAAGAUAAAACAAAAUUAAUAUUUCAGAAAAUAUUAUUUUCAUAAGUGUAUAUAACAAAAAUAAGGUUUUUAUUCAUAUUUUGACAUAUAACUGAUUCUAUUUCUUUAUGUACAUAUAUGUGGUGUCACUAAAUUUAUAAUUUGACCAUGAAUUAAUAAUUAAAAUUAAUAAUUUCAAAACAAUUUUUAAUAUUUAUUUUGAUUAUCAUUUGGUGUUAUUAUUUUUUAAAUUAUAAAAAAAUUCCUCAAAUAUGGAAAAACAAUUUUGUUUUAUGAUAUUUGAAUAGCUUUUCAUAUUAUUUAUAAUAAUUAAUAAAUAUUAAAUAAUUUUUAGCUGAUCCCUUAAAACCAGUUUUCAUGCCUGUAUUCUUAACUAAAAAAGAAAGGAAGAAGUUACGUAGACAAAAUCGUCGUGAAACAUGGAAAGAAGAACAAGAAAAAAUUCGUCUUGGUUUAGAACCACCAGCUGAACCUAAGGUAUUAAAAAACAAGUUUUAGUUAAAAAGUUUUUAAAAAAAAUUCCCUAUAAUUAAUUUUAUAUUUUUGACUAAUUUAUUUAUUAGCUUCGUAUUUCAAAUCUGAUGAGAGUAUUGGGUACAGAAGCAGUCCAAGAUCCAACUAAAAUGGAAUCCCAUGUAAGAGCUCAAAUGGCAAAACGUCAGAAAGCACAUGAAGAAGCUAAUGCAUCUCGUCGGUUAAAUCCAGAACAAAGGCGUGAUAAAAAAAUUAGAAAACUGCAAGAAGAUACUUCUUUAGGUGUUAAUGUUGCUAUAUACAGGUAUAUCUCAUUUGGAAAUUAAAACUUUGAAUUAACUUUAAUUUUGUGUAUGUUUCUAUUUUAGAAUAAAAGAUUUAGGUAACCCUUCAAAAAAAUUCAAAAUAGAAACAAAUAGUAAGCAAUUGUUUAUGACUGGUUGUGUUAUUAUGUGUAAGGACUGUAAUGUUGUUAUUGUUGAAGGUGGUCCAAAACAACAAAAAAAGUAUAAAAGGUAAUUUAAAUCAAUUAUAGUUAUUUGAAUUUUAUAAAAUGAUAAAAUAUUAUUGAAUCUUAUAAAAUAUGUAUUUUUUUUCUUUUAGGUUGAUGUUACAUAGAAUGAAGUGGGAAGAUGAUGUUAUUAAAAAUAAAGAUGAAUCAGAACCUAAGUCAAAUAAUAAAUGUUCUUUAGUAUGGGAGGUAAUUAAAAAUUAUAAUUUAUAUUUUUUGAAAUAUUUAUAAGAUAUAUAACAAAAUAUUUAAAUUUAUUAAUAUUUAUAAUAAUAACAAUUUAAAUAGAUAUUAUAGAUUAAUUUUUAGUUAAUUUUGUUGUCUUGAAUACAUAAUUUUAAAAUAUUUAACUCGAGAGCCUGAAGUAAGAGAGUGGUUAUUCAUAGCCAUUCUUUUUUAGUGUUGUCAUUUCUGAUAGGUUACCAUUAUAAAUGAUAAAAUUUCGUCCAACAAUAUUGUCAAUUGAUAUUUUAAUAUUAUUCUAAAAGUUUUCAAAUAGGUACUACAUAUUAUACGUUGUUUAAAUAUGUUUUACAGAACUUAUUGUAAAUUAUGUAUGUACUUAUUAAAAUGACUUGAUGUCUACCUACAUUUACUGUCUCAGCUCAACUUAACAACAUAGUAAAAUUAUGUUAACACAGACUGAGUAAAACAUACUUUAUUUGGAUUUUUCAGUAACAUGUCCUCUCGGCGUAAUAUUUUAUAAUGUAAACUGUGAACCAGCUAAAAAAUAAAUAAUUUUAUUUACGUUAAUAUAUUUCAAUAGGAAAUACUAGAAAUAUAUGAUAAUCAGAUCCUGAAAUGAUACAUCACAGUGAUUAAAAAGUAUUAAAAUCAAAUAUUUGUUAAUAACUACUGGUUCAUGCUAUAAAAAUCAUCUUAUGUUAGUUAAAAUGAAGUAAUUAAUUUGAGUACAUUUUACUAAAAUUAUUUAUGUUUUGCUCAUUUUAAACUUUUCAUUUUCAACUUAUUUACUUUAAAAUUUUUAUUAUAUUUAUAUUUUAUUUUAAAUUAAGUAUAUAUUAUUAAACAAAAUUGGCUACAUCUCUUUUUAGACAUUUUUAUCAACUAUUUUUGGUACCAGUAGUGAAAGUGAAUGUUUUUAUUUUUCAUCUGAUCCAUAAUUUACAUACAAAAAUGUCGUAGUGUAUAUAAUACAUAUAAUUAACAAUUAAUAAACAUUUUUGGAAGUAUAAAAUUCUUUUAAAUGUACAUAGUUGUUAUAAAAUAUAGUUAUAGUAGGUUCAAGAAAUAAAGAUCAAAGUUUUUCAAUUAUUUUAAUAAUCCAUAAUUUUAUUCCAGGGCAUGUCUAAACAACGUAAUUUUGGAGAAAUAAAAUUUAAAGUUUGUACUUCUGAAAAGUUAGCUCGCGAACAGUUGAAAAAACACGGAGUAGAACAUUAUUGGGAUCUUGCCUACAGUGAUCUUAUAAUGGAUUAAAUAUUUAUUUUUAAAUUUAUUAUCAUUAAUUAAUUGUGAGUUUUUACGCGGCUAAAUAAUAUACUUAUUUAUAAAUUGAGGUAUGUUUAUAAAUCAACAAUUGAAAUGUCUACCAUUGUAUCAUAAUAUAUUUUUUAAUAUUUAAUUACUAUUAAUUAAUUUAUCCAACGCUCUAUGUUUCCUUUGUCGUUCAAAUUGUAUUUCCCUUAGAAUUGAUGUAUAUUUCAAUUCAUUUAUUGCAAUAUAUUUGCAAAUUAUAUUAGAAUUUUCUUUUAAUUUGUAUGAUAUUGUUUUUGCAUAACCUGUAUUUAUUGUAAAUUUUACACAUUUUUCUCUUAUUCUUAGGUUUAUUGCUGUUAACUUAUCAAUUCCUCUUUUUAAUUUUUCUAUUCCAUAUUCAAUUAUUUUUUCUUUAAAUUUACUUAAAAAUCUAUUGUAUAACAUAUUAUCUGCCAUGUUUACUUUCUUUGUUUGAUUAAUAUCAUCAUCUGAUAAUAUUUGUUUAUAUGUUUUAUUUCUGGUGUUUAAUGGCAAAUAUGCCACUUGCUCUAAUGGCUAUUGCAUUAAAUUUGCAAACAAUACAAGUGAUGCUUCUAAAUAUUCAAAUAUCAUUAUAAAAUUAAAAUCUCUUUCAAUCAUAUUUAUAUGUUUAUUAAUCAUAUCAAUAUUUUUAAAAUCUUUAGAAUUCAUUCCCAAAUCCCAACUCAUUUGGUUUAUUCCUAAUUUUUUAUAAUAGCGUCUUAUGUGUUUUAUAGAUGAUGUGUUGUCAAAAAGACUAUUUGUAAUGAAUUGAGUUAAAUUGGUUUUUUAUUUUUUUCAAAAUGAUAAAACGAGUAUAUUGACUGAAACAAUCCUGUAGGCUCGCGUAGAAUAGUGAUAUAUACUGUAUCUGGUCUCAUUACAUAUUUUACUUCUUGAGAAUACCUUGUAUGAUGUACAAACAUAUCAAAUUGUCCAUCUGCAGUGGAUUUCCUAUAUAGUUCAUCACAUUUGGUAAUAAGAAAUCGAGGUUUUCUUUAUGGCCAAAACUCAUCAAUAUAUUUUGAAUAGUAGAACUAGCACAUUUAUGUGUUUUUAGAAAAAAUACUCGUUUCUUCUGUGUUAACACUGUUUGUGAUGGUUUCGCCUCAAUGAUUGUUCUGAAAACAUUUAUAAUUUAUAUUAAUAAGCAG